AUGUCGGCUCCAAUGGCCACUAGAGCGCUGAGCCGAGCCACCCGACAGUCAGCCUCCACCGCAAGAGCACGAUCCGCCGACCCGCCACCCCCGAAUCCCGAGCAGCACGAAGGCACAGUCAUCCAGCAACCCACCGAGCUUGGGGAUGAAGAGUACCACACGCUUGCGGACGAGUACAUGGAGGCGGUGCACGAGAAGGCGGAAGCGCUGCAAGAGGCGCGCGAGGAUGUGGAUGUGGAGUACAGUGCCGGCGUCCUCUCAAUCAACAUGCCCCCGCAAGGCACCUAUAUCAUCAAUAAGCAGCCCCCGAACAAACAAAUCUGGAUCUCCUCGCCGACGUCCGGCCCGAAGCGAUACGAUUGGGUGGUGUCGGGGGAGAGCAUGCAUCAGAAGGAGGGCGGGGGGACGGGCGAUUGGGUGUACAUAAGGGAUGGGAGCAGCUUGACGGAUCUGUUGAGCAGUGAACUGGGCAUUGUGAUUGAUUUGCAUGGGCAUGAGGAGAGUAUGAAGCAAAGUCGGGAUUUGACGGAGUGA